AUGCGUUCAGACUUUGAUUUUCCUAUAGAAAAGCCAAAAUUAUUAAGACCCUCUGUUAAUGUUGUCCGUCAAAAAGAAUAUGCAGAGGAAAAAAGAAAAGCUCAAUGUAACCUUAUUGCUAAAAUGUUGACAAUGAGUGACACUGAAUUAAUGACACUAUCAACUCGUGAAAUUCUAGAAUAUUCACAUAAUUCUAAUCCAGUACAAGUCGGUGAUGAAGGAUCAGAAAGCGGCUCGGAUAAUGAACUUCCAAGAAAUCUACAAGAAAGUGAUUCUGAUAACGAAGGAUCUGAGAGCAGUUCUGAUAAUGAAAGAUUCAAUUCGCAAGCCUCAAGAUCAAGAUCAGAAAGCGAUUCGGAUAGUGAAGGAUCAGAAAGCAGUUCUGAUAAUGAAGAAAGAUUGAUAUCACCAAGAAAGACACAAUUCCCAAGAAUAACCUCAGGCUCGGAAAGAAGUUCACAAGACUACACACCACAAAAACUUCCACAAAAAACUCCAAAAUCAACUCCACAACCAAGAACUCCACAACCAAACACCCCACAGAUAGUACCAACAGUAUGUAAGAAGAUGAAUGUAGCAACAUAUCCAAUUCUUUGGCAGACUAUUUCUUUAAUUCUAUUCAUUGUAGGAAUAUCCUUGAUAUCCUUUCUACCUUUUGAUUUCUGA